CUCUGAGCUUUUCGUCACGUAUUUGCGACAACAGCUACUGCUUCAUCAAGAUGAAAAUCACGAUGACCAGGUCACUGUCAACAUCGACGGCAUUCUACGCGAGCGUGAUGUGAUUGAAGGCUUCGAGAAUGAGCACGUUUUGUUGCAUGAAAAAGUUCCGUCUGCUGGCGGAGACGUGGAGCACAAGGCCAAAAACGACCGGCUAUUGUAUGAUAGCGACUUUUGUCGCAAGCUGCGGGCAAGGGC